AUGCAGGCAAAGAUUGAGACCAGCAAAACGGCGGCGGGAAAUCGACGCGGUGUUUUGCUGCAGCGAAACUCCCUCGACGGCUCGCUGACCGAGGCGGUAACUGCCUUUCACGCUGUGGCCACCCAGCACCUCCUCCACCUGCUCAAGGUGGAGAUCACCGGCGAGUGCGCCCCCCUGCUGGACAUUGUCAAUGACAUUCCGCGGCUGUACCGGCGCACGAACAAGGAGAAGCCGGCCAGGGCGUCCGCCUACGUGGGCCGGUGCGUUCAGCAGCUGGCUGAGCUGAUCGGUCUCAUUGGCGGUGGUGGUGAUCAGCAGCAGCAGCAGUGGAGGACGGCCUGGCUGGCAGACCUGCUGACCGAACUGAGCGGCCAUUACCGCAAUGCCACCCUCGAGGUGCUCACCUCGGUUCAGCGGACGGAGGACAGUCUGAAGAAGCUGAAGAAGGCGAACCAGAAAGCAAUGGCGGCGGCCACCGGGGCGACGAGCCGGGCAAGCUCAAUGAGCGACGACGACAAAAUUCGACUGCAGAUUUACUUUGACGUUCAAGAGUUGGGCGUGGAG